UCCUACACAGGAUGUGCUGUUCAGCUCUUCUUUUUGUAUUUCUUCAUCUCAGCAGAGCUUUCACUCCUGACCAUCAUGUGCUAUGACCGCUACGUGUCCAUCUGCAAACCCCUGCACUACAGGACCCCUCCCUCCAUCUCCUCCACAUCUCUGGAACUGGUGGUGUCAUUUCUGUACUCGGUGGUGCUUCCAGCCCUGAACCCCCUCAUCUACAGCCUGAGGAACAAGGAGCUCAAGGCUGAAAUGUGGACACUGAUGACUGGAUGCUUUCAGGAACAUUAA